AUGCGUUUCUCCAUCGUUGCUCUUGCCCUGGCCGCCGGUGCCCUGGCUGCCGACGUCACUGAGACUGUCACUCAGUACACCACCUACUGCCCCGAGGCCACCACCAUCUCGUACGGCAGCUACACCUACAGCAUCUCGACCCCGACCGUGACUCAGUGCAACUCCUGCUCUUCCACCAUGGUGCCCUCCUCCACCCCCAUUGUCCCCAGCGCUCCUGCUUCCACUCCUCUGAUCCCCAGCGGCGCUGGUGCCACCGGCUCCUCCGCGCCCUCCGUUCCCUCCGGUGCUGCUGCUGUGACUGCCUCCGGCUCCCCCGCUGCCUCCUCUCAGCCCGCUUUCAACGCCGGUGCCAUCAACGCCGCUACUGGUGCUGGUGCCGGUCUGGCUGCCGUCUUCGGUGCCGUCGCUCUCCUCCUGUAA